AUGGCUCUUCCCAAGCGCAUCAUCAAGGAGACCGAGCGUCUAAUGAACGAGCCAGUUCAGGGUAUUUCUGCGACUCCUCACGAUGAUAACCUGCGAUACUUCGACGUGACCAUCGAUGGCCCCUCUCAGUCACCGUACGAGGGUGGUGUCUUCAAGCUUGAGCUUUUCCUGCCAGAUGACUACCCCAUGACCCCUCCCAAGGUUCGCUUUCUCACCAAGAUCUACCACCCCAACAUCGACAGGCUGGGCCGCAUUUGCCUCGACGUUCUCAAGAGUAACUGGUCGCCUGCCCUGCAGAUCAGGACCAUCCUCCUCUCAAUCCAAGCCCUGCUCGGCGCACCGAACCCAGACGAUCCGCUCGCGAACGACGUAGCUCAGGCGUGGAAGGAGAACCAGGCGCAGGCUAUUGCCACAGCGAGGGAAUGGACACAGCAGUACGCCAAGGCUUGA